AUGGCCUUGAUUGAUGAUAGAAUCAAUCAUCUACAAGAUUGUAUUCUUGGUGCAGUCAAAGGAAAUCUAGCUUACCAAAAAUUCAUGUUUUCAGUUUAUCCUAAAUUUGCCUUAGAUAUGAAAUCAGCAAACUUAAAUAAGGUUUUAUCUUUUAUUCAUCACUUUGAAAGAAGUUAUCUCAUGAAUCCAGGAGAUAAACCCUUCACAUCAACCUACCUCAUAGGAUAUGCAUUGACAAAUAGUCAUCAUAGCAUAGACUAUAAAAAAGAAGAAUGCAUAGAACUUGAAGAUGUAUUCUCAGAAAUAGGACAUGUCAAAGAUAAACAAUUUUGUGACGUAGAUCCUCAAGAUAGCUUUUUGGCUUUAAACAUAGCCAUAAACAAAAAAGAUUUAGGAGAAAAGCUACCACCUAGAAUCUUAAUAGAUUCUCUUCAUAUAGGUGAAAUAUCUAAAUCUCUAGAACCUACUCCAAGAGAUAUACUCAAAAGCAUAAGAAGUAUGUCUUCUAGAGUUGAUAAUUUAAAUCAAACAAUCAGCUAA